AUGCCGUUUCAGGGCCACACCAACCCGAUGCUGCAGCUGGGCGACGUGCUCCACGCGCGGGGCCUCGCCAUCACCGUGCUCCACGCGACGUGUCUGAGCGCGCCGGACCCCGAGCGGCACCCGGAGUUCCAGUUCGUGCCCGUGCCCGACGGCGUUCCUGACCACGUCGCCGCGUCCGGGGACGUCCUCGGCAUCAUACACGCCAUGAACGCCGCCAUGGAGGCGGACGAGUCGGCGGUUCUCCGCGACGUCCUCGCGACGGUGCUCGGGGACGAGAGGCAGCCGCCGGCCGUGUGCAUCAUCUUCGACGCUAACCUCCUCGCUGUGCCAAAGGCUGCCGAGGCACUCGGGCUCCCGACGCUGGUGCUGACCACCGGGAGCGCCGCCUGCUUCCGUUGCCUAGUUGCCUAUCCCAUGCUUCAUGAAAAAGGCUAUCUGCCUCACCAAGAGACGAAACUCGAUAUGCCGGUGAAGGAGCUGCCACCGCUGCGGGUAAGGGACCUCUUCUAUACACCCCCGAGCCACCAAGAAGUAAUGAAAAGAACACUUGCUCGAGUCGUUGAAGCAGUGAAGAAGUCCUCUGGUCUACUGAUGGAUACGUUUGAUGCUCUCGAAAUAGCCGAGGUACAGAGGAUCCGUGAAGAGCUCAACAUACCUCUUGUACUCGCAGCUGGUCCUGUCAACAAGCUAUCCUCUAAGAGCAUAGGGAGUAGUUUGUUGGACCAAGACUUCAGUUGCAUUGAGUGGCUCGACCAGCAUCACCCAGAAUCGGUGUUGUAUGUGAGCUAUGGAAGCCUGGCUUCCCUGGACUCCAAUGAGUUCUUGGAGGUGGCUUGGGGUUUGGCCAACAGUGGCCAUCCUUUUCUAUGGGUGGUUCGGCCAGACUUGGUACGGGGUAUGGAUUGUCCAGAUUUUCCAAAUGGCUUUGAGGCUGCAGUUCAUAGCAGGGGCAAGGUGAUUCGAUGGGCGCCGCAGCAGGAGGUGCUGGCGCACCCUGCGGUCGGUGGAUUUUGGACUCACAACGGAUGGAACUCAACGUUGGAGAGUAUCUGUGAGGGUGUUCCAAUGAUGUGCAGGCCUCAAUUUGCAGAUCAGACGACGAACACGAGGUAUGUGGUGAACACAUGGGGUGUAGGGUUGGAGCUAGAUGGUGAGCUUGAAAGAGGAAACAUAGAGAAGGCCAUUAGGAAGCUCAUGAAGGAAAGGGAGGGAGGGGAGAUGAGGGGAAGAGCUAAGGAGCUUAAGAAGAAAGUGGGAGAAUGUUUGAAAGAUGGUGGGACUGCUCAGAUCGCCAUUGACAAGUUGGUGAACUACAUACUUUCUAUGUGA